AUGGCGGAUGAUUUUGAUGUCGAAAAGCUUCUCGAAGCUCCAUUUGAGAAGGGAGCUUCUCCCACGGACAGGAAGGAAAGCUCUCGACGUCGCGAUCGAUCUAGAUCAAGGUCCAAAGAUCGCAAAAGGCAUCGGGACAGGAGCCCAGAUCGCAGGCGAGAUCGAGACGAGCAUAGAAGGCGGGAUCGUGAUCGACGUGACAAAGAUAGAGAUAGGGAUUUAGAUCGAGAUAGGCGUCGUGAUCGGGACUAUGAUCGGCCUCGGUAUGAACGUUCAAGACGGGAUAAAUCUCCUGACAGAGAACGGGAGGAUUCAGAGGAUAAAGGCCCAAGGAAGUACUAUCGCAAUGGAGAACCUAGGCCAAGAAGUCCUGAAUUGACUCCUGAGGAGAGAGAUGCCCGAACGGUUUUCGUGUGGCAAUUGUCUGCGCGUAUUCGCCAAAGAGAUCUUGAGGAUUUCUUCUCCUCCGUGGGCAAAAUUCGUGAUGUUCGUCUCAUAAUCGAUGGAAAGACCAAACGCUCUAAAGGCAUUUCCUAUGUUGAAUUUCGUGAGGUUGAAUCUGCUCAAUUAGCUCUGGGUUUAACUGGCACAAAAUUACUUGGUGUUCCUAUUCAGAUUCAGCAAUGUCACGCUGAAAAGAAUCGAAUUGCUAGUGCUGGAGGUACGGUAAUGACAGCGAGUACCUAUGGGAGACCGGCUUCUUCUAGGGGUCCAAUGAAGCUCUACGUGGGAUCGCUUCAUUUCAACAUCACUGAGGAUAUGCUCCGUGGUAUCUUUGAACCAUUUGGUCCAUUAGAUGAUAUUAAGCUUAUCAAAGAUCCUCAAACAAACCGCUCCCAAGGUUAUGGGUUUGUCACUUACAGCAAUGCAGACGAUGCGAGAAAAGCACUUGACCAAUUAAACGGUUUCGAUCUAGCUGGCAGGGCCAUGAAGGUUAACUAUGUAACAGAAAGGAGUGAUUAUGCUAAUCUGAGUGCACUUGACAACGAAGAAGCUGAUAGAACUGGUGUUGAUCUCGGAACUACCGGUCGAUUAGCACUAAUGGCUAAGCUGGCUGAAGGGACUGGUCUAGAAAUGCCGAAAGCUGCUUUAGCUCAGCUCCAAGGCAAUCCGACUCUUGGAAUUGCUGGCAAAGUUAGUUCGGCGUCUGCUAUAGCUCCUCCGGUCUGCACCCAAUGCUUCAUGCUGUCUAACAUGUUUGAUCCGCAUGUUGCUUCGCACACUACCUUUGAGGAGAUUAAGGAUGAUGUCAUUGUCGAAUGCUCAAAUCUCGGUGGAGUUUUGCACAUCUUUGUUGAUCAAACUAGUGCCCAGGGCAAUGUCUACGUCAAAUGCCCAAGUAUUGCCAUUGCAACUCAAUGUGUUAAUAAGUUGCAUGGUCGCUAUUUUUCUGGUCGAUUGGUUACGGCUGCCUAUGUACCCUUGAUAACUUACAAUCAACUGUUUCCGGAUUCUGUUACUGCUAAAACUAUUUUGAAACCAACUUACUCGUAA